AUGGCUGAAAAUGACGACCAAAACAAUAACAACAAUGCCUUUGACGACGACGUCAAUAACAACACCGACUACCAAGACGAAACGCGGUACUGUAAAAUUUAUGAUCGCGAGGAUUUCUUUACCGUACUGGUACAAAUGAUCCUCGCCGUUCUCGCCCUACUGUCGCUCUAUUUCAAACGUCUGCAAGAGGUACCUCGGAGGACCUUUCGGACCUGGUCGCUCGAUAUUGGAAAACAAGCACUGGGAGCUUGUUACGCACACGUUUUGAAUAUGGUGCGUAUCAAGCUAAUUUGGUGUGGCAUCACCGGCCAACGAUACGAUAUAUCUGCAAUCGCCCGUCUCACACGUAUCAUUGCCGCUAUUAUUUCCGAAAGAAUCACCGGUGAAUCACGGUUGCAGGAUCAAUGCGCCUGGUACGGAAUGAGCUACCUUAUAGAUACCACACUCGGUCUUGUUUUGGCUAUUUUCUUUCUAGGGGUGCUGGACAAGCUUGCCAGCGAAAGAGACUGGGUCCAUUUGAAGCAUUCCGGGGUGUAUUCCGGCCCCGACGGCGUCCUGCAUUGGAUUUCACAGUGUCUCGCUUGGCUCGUCAUCCUCACCGUGGUCAAAGUCAUUAUUUACAUCUUUAUGCUCGCCGGAGGCUCCUGGUUGGCCUGGAUCGGAGGGGUUCUGUUCGCCCCACUGCAAGGCAACAUUCGCUUCGAGCUACUCUUUGUCAUGAUCUUCUUUCCCGGAAUUCUAAACGUCAUUUACUUUUGGAUUGCUGACGGUUACCUCAAGGCUAAGAAAAGUCACGCCGGUGCGCACGAACCGGACUCAAUCGUCGACUCCAAAAAUGCAGCUCUCAUGGCGGGCGAACAGGAAAUGGCCGCCGGAGGUUCGUUGCCGCCUGGAAACUACCAAUCAGCCCCUUGGAGUGCCGUGACCACCGUCGCGUCACCGCAGUCUUCCGUCCACCGGCCCGAAACGGCGUCCGUGUGAAGUCUCUGCUCCCACCCUCUGCUGUAACAUUAGACUACCAUUUUU